ACUUACUGCACAGAUUGGCUGAAAAGGUUCAGUUAAAGUAGUACUUAAGCAACGCACGAUUCUUUUAUGAUUAUACUUCGGAGUUUCCGUAGUCUGUAAAUAUGUAUAAAUUAGAGAUUUUCUGGUGCUACAUAUCUAUGAUAUUAGCAGGUGUUAAACAUGUCUGCUCGGAGGAACCAUAUGUAUCCAGAUAUAUGGAAGAAAAACUGUUGGAGAAAAUGACCGAGAUAGAUAUUAAGAUGCAGAUAGCGUUAGGAAAAUUAGAUAAAAUGGAAGAAACUAAAAACCGACAAAGGGGCGGCGUUUCAAGUUUGUUGACAUCUGGACCACGGGCGUUGCUGGUAAAAAACUUAGAAGACGAUGGCUGGGAGAUGAUUUUUCGUGCCACAUCUGGUAACGGACAAAACGCCUAUGAAGCAUGGACAACAGGUGUUGGUACUUGUGUUGACAAACCGAUAUCAAUGGCAAGGUCAUAUGCGAGCCACUACAGAAAUGGCAUAAUCUCUAACUGGGCUAAUAUCGGUAUAAAAUAUGUCAAAUAUGCCUACUAUGAUAGCACGCAGGAAGUUGCCUACGUCAUAUUCAACGCAAGCGGAAGUGACAUGAACUCCUGGUUUGACAAGACUCGUGUGAUUUCAUCCAGCUACUCGGAUCUUACUGCCGUCAAUAACUUCAACCACUUCUCGAUCCUUGGGGAUUUCAGGUCAGGAGCACUUGAACGACGUUUUCUCAUUAACAGAAGUUAUGGCGGCUGUGAUGGAGACUAUGGGCACCUUGUAGUUUCGGAAAAUGAGCCACCUAACACAUGUAAUUGGGACAAACAUCCAACAUACCCACAGUUCCUUUAUUCCAAGAUCAACUCAGUGGACUACUGGGGCAGGAGAAUGUUCGGACGUGCUGAUUACAUGGCAAUAUUCAUAAAAACUAAUUAAGCACUUCUUGAACACGUCAUACACAACAGGAAAUUUAUAUGCAGACUACAGUUAUUUUCUUUGGUUUUACUUUUUUGUUACAGCGGAAAUCGUUUAUAUUCGUAGGGGACUACUUUUCGUAGAAAAGAAAUCAAAUCCAAACGAACAAGUAAAAUUCCCAUUCAUUUUAUAUUCAAAAUUUAAAGACCCACCACGACCUUAUAACCUACUUUUUUCACCCACAAAAACUUCAUGAAAAUCAUUCUUAUAAUACAGGUAAUAUACAGCUAUACUACAAGUUUUCAGGUGGAAAAUUUAGGCCCUUCCUGAAUAAAUGUGUUUUCACAGGUUAGGGUUAGGGUUACUAACCCUUCAUCUGCAAACUUAUUCAGUCAAUCUCUUUUCAGCAUAGUUUUAAGAAUAUAGAUGAAUAACUAUCUUACACUGUAGAAACAAAAUGUGAUUGAAAUUUAACUAAAUACAAUGUACAUUGAUUUCUGUACAUAUUGCUAUAUUAAUUCAAUAAAAUGUUCACAUUAAACA